GAGGACCACACAUAUCUCCUGGUAGGAGAAAUUAUUUUCUCCCUUUCUUUCACCUGUAUACCUUCAAAGAAUGCAAAUAAGUGUUUUCUUUCUCAUUAUUCUUUCUUACAUUAUUGAUUCUACACUCCUAGCAUAUCAACCAUUAUCAUACUAAACUUUUUUCUUCUAAUAAUGGCUGCGACAACACGUUCCCAUGCAUCCAUCGAUGUGUUCCUCAGCUUCAGAGGGGAAGACACACGCUAUGGUUUUACUGGCAAUCUCUACAAGGCUCUUUGUGACAAGGGAAUUCAUACCUUCUUUGACGAAGACAAGCUUCACAGCGGAGAGGAAAUAAAACCUACACUUUUGAAGGCAAUUCACUUCACAAGUCUCGUCUAGCUUUAUUUUUGAUGAAUUGGUAGGAUAUAUAUUUUAUGUUAAUAGUAUGUAAAAAUUGAAUUCUGAAAAUAUUGCUUGAAAACUAAAAUUGUAAUUCACCGGCAAUCUCUACUUUAUAUCACUACUUCACUAGACUGACUUUCAUGGAUUAAUUAUUAAGAAAAAGAUGGAAAACACAAAACAUAACUACGCAUUUAUUUUGCAAUGUGUUCCAGAAAAAAAUAUUAUUGUUUCUCACAAUAUCUUAUUUUAGAGGUAUUUGAGUUUGAGACACAAUAAAAUGUUAAAUGAAGACAUUUCUUUUAUAUAUAUAUAUAUAUAUAUAUAUCAUAAAAUAGUUAUAGAAAUUAGCUGGAACCAUAGAGAUACAUGGUGGUUUGAGAUAAUUUCCCUUCCACUAGGCUGAACUCUCGAUGUGAUUAUGCAUAUAUAUGAUUCUGAUGAUGUGGUUAUGCCUUCAGAUAUUACCACUACAUGACAUUAUACUUGUAUAUGUCUGUGUAUCGCAUGUUAUUUCUUGUAGUAUUUGUGUCUGGAGGUGUAUUUUUGUACAUUCAGCCCGUAGAUGGGAGGAGGUAUACAUUUCGAGACCCUGAAGAUUGUCUUUGAGUAUGAUCAUAGGUCAUUGGCUCAUGCGAACUUAAGCUCAGUUGAACACUUUAAGCAUGUAUGUUUGGAUUUUAAUUUAACCAUAAUACGAGGUGUGUUUUAUCCACAAAUAACAUCUUAGCUUUGUUGAUAACUUCGAAUUUCAAACUAUGUUUUGAUUAGAAAUUAAAAAAGCUACUUCUACAGGAGAAAGCUUGAUAUCCAAAAUUUAAUCCAAAUAUACUGUUUACAUGGCUUAGAGAAAAAUGGUGCAGCAAAUGCAAAAUCAAGGUCGAAAUUUUAUAUUAUUGUAAUUAUAAUUGUUAUCCGUUCCAUAAUUCAAUGCUAACAUUGUUUUGUUCCUGAUGCCUUUCUAUUUUGUGUGUGAGUGAGAGAAGCAACAAAGAAUCCACAUUUGAGUGAGACAAAAAAUAGUUUCUAAUAAUUUUUUAGACUAUACAUGUAAUAAAAAUAAUUUGAAAGAUCAAAUUGCACAAUUGUAAAACUAUAUAGAAAAAAAGCAUUGUCCUAUGAAAGUGUUUGUUCUGUCAUGUCUAAUUUUUCUGCCUUUCCCCAUUAAGAGCUAAAGAAGCUAAUGAGAAAACUUGUUUUCAAGGUCUACGCGGUUGUUUCAUUUAAAAUUAAAAUGAAUAUAUAAAAUUAAGAGCAUGACUUGACGUUUAUAACAGAGAAUGAGAAAAAACAAGAUAUUUUCCUCAAAGGUGGCUAUCUUCUUUAUAACACACAGCAUUUGGUAUACUUUCAUUUUCAUAUUUCUUCAAGUUUGAUUCUCCCUCCUACCAUAUCAACCAUAACCAUACUAAACUUUGUUCUUCUAAUAAUGGCUGCAACAACACGUUCUCCUGCAUCCAUCUAUGAUGUGUUCCUCAGCUUCAGAGGUUUAGACACACGCCAUGGUUUCACUGGAAAUCUCUACAAAGCUCUUGAUGACAGAGGAAUCUACACUUUCAUUGAUGAUCAGGAGCUUCCAAGAGGAGACGAAAUAACACCUGCACUUUCCAAGGCAAUUCAAGAGUCCAGGAUUGCUAUUACUGUGCUUUCUCAAAACUAUGCUUCUUCCUCGUUUUGUUUAGAUGAACUUGUAACCGUCCUUCUCUGCAAGAGGAAAGGGCUGUUGGUUAUACCGGUCUUUUAUAACGUAGAUCCUUCUGAUGUCAGACAACAGAAAGGUAGUUAUGGAGAAGCAAUGGCUAAGCAUCAGAAGAGGUUCAAAGCUAAGAAGGAGAAACUGCAGAAAUGGAGGAUGGCUUUGCAUCAAGUAGCUGACUUGUCUGGCUAUCAUUUCAAAGAUGGAGAUGCAUAUGAAUACAAGUUUAUCCAGAGUAUUGUUGAGCAGGUUUCUAGGGAGAUUAAUCGUACUCCUUUACAUGUUGCGGAUUAUCCAGUUGGUCUUGGGUCACAAGUGAUAGAGGUAAGGAAGCUUUUGGAUGUUGGAUCCCAUGAUGUUGUCCACAUCAUAGGGAUCCAUGGAAUGGGUGGGUUGGGAAAAACAACACUUGCUCUGGCAGUUUAUAAUUUGAUUGCUCUCCAUUUUGAUGAAUCCUGUUUUCUUCAAAACGUGAGAGAAGAAUCAAAUAAACAUGGGUUAAAACACCUUCAAAGCAUCAUUCUUUCAAAAUUACUUGGUGAGAAGGACAUCAACUUAACAAGUUGGCAAGAAGGAGCUUCAAUGAUACAACAUAGGCUCCAACGAAAGAAGGUUCUCUUGAUUUUAGAUGAUGUUGAUAAGCGCCAGCAGUUAAAGGCUAUUGUUGGAAGACCUGAUUGGUUUGGUCCCGGUAGCAGAGUCAUCAUUACCACUCGGGACAAACAUAUUCUAAAAUAUCAUGAGGUUGAAAGAACUUAUGAGGUGAAGGUUUUGAAUCAGAGUGCUGCUCUUCAAUUGCUUAAGUGGAAUGCUUUUAAAAGAGAAAAAAAUGAUCCAAGUUAUGAGGACGUCUUGAAUCGUGUAGUAACUUAUGCUUCUGGCCUUCCAUUGGCUUUGGAAAUCAUAGGUUCCAACUUGUUUGGAAAAACUGUAGCAGAAUGGGAAUCUGCUAUGGAACAUUAUAAAAGAAUUCCUAGUGAUGAAAUCCUAGAGAUUCUAAAAGUAAGCUUUGAUGCUUUGGGGGAAGAACAAAAGAAUGUUUUUCUUGACAUUGCUUGUUGUUUAAAAGGAUGCAAAUUGACAGAGGUUGAACAUAUGCUACGCGGUCUUUAUGAUAACUGCAUGAAACAUCACAUUGAUGUGUUGGUUGACAAAUCUCUCACAAAGGUUAGGCAUGGUAUAGUUGAAAUGCAUGACCUAAUUCAGGACAUGGGUAGAGAAAUUGAGCGGCAGAGAUCACCAGAAGAGCCAGGGAAGCGCAAGAGAUUAUGGUCACCAAAAGAUAUAAUUCAAGUUUUAAAACACAACACGGGAACUAGUAAAAUUGAAAUCAUAUAUGUGGAUUUCUCCAUAUCUGACAAAGAAGAAACAGUGGAAUGGAAUGAAAACGCCUUCAUGAAGAUGGAAAACCUUAAAAUACUUAUUAUUAGAAAUGGAAAAUUUUCCAAAGGUCCCAAUUAUUUUCCACAAGGUUUGAGAGUACUGGAAUGGCACAGAUAUCCUUCAAAUUGUUUACCGUCUAACUUUGAUCCGAUCAACCUUGUUAUAUGCAAGUUACCUGACAGUUCCAUGACGUCAUUUGAGUUCCAUGGCUCAUCGAAGAAGUUGGGGCAUCUAACAGUUUUGAAGUUUGACUGGUGCAAAUUUUUAACACAGAUACCUGAUGUAUCUGAUCUCCCAAAUUUGAGGGAACUUUCAUUUCAAUGGUGUGAGAGUUUAGUUGCAGUUGAUGACUCAAUUGGUUUUCUGAAUAAACUUAAAAAAUUGAAUGCUUAUGGUUGCAGGAAGCUUACGAGUUUUCCGCCCCUCCACUUGACCUCUCUUGAAACACUUGAACUUUCUCACUGUUCCAGUCUUGAGUAUUUUCCAGAAAUAUUAGGAGAGAUGGAAAACAUAGAGAGACUUGAUUUGCAUGGCCUUCCGAUAAAAGAAUUGCCAUUUUCAUUUCAAAAUCUUAUUGGACUCCAACAGUUAUCCAUGUUUGGCUGUGGAAUUGUUCAGUUACGAUGUAGCUUAGCCAUGAUGCCCAAACUGUCUGCAUUCAAAUUUGUAAAUUGCAACAGGUGGCAAUGGGUAGAAUCGGAAGAAGCUGAAGAAAAAGUGGGCUCAAUAAUAUCUUCAGAGGCACGUUUUUGGACACAUUCGUUUUCUGCCAAGAAUUGCAAUCUAUGUGAUGAUUUUUUUUUAACAGGUUUCAAGAAGUUUGCUCAUGUAGGAUAUUUAAAUCUAUCGAGGAAUAAUUUCACAAUCCUUCCUGAAUUCUUCAAAGAAUUGCAAUUUUUAGGAAGUCUUAACGUGAGUCAUUGCAAGCAUCUUCAGGAAAUUAGAGGGAUUCCACAGAACUUAAGGUUAUUCAAUGCAAGAAACUGUGCAUCCUUGACAUCCUCGAGUAAAAGCAUGCUUUUAAAUCAGGAACUGCAUGAGGCUGGAGGAACCCAGUUUGUGUUUCCAGGAACAAGAAUACCAGAGUGGUUGGAUCACCAAAGCAGUGGACAUUCAAGUUCUUUCUGGUUUCGUAAUAAAUUCCCUCCCAAACUUCUUUGUCUUCUUAUUGCACCUGUCUUGGGUGACAGCGGGUAUUUUUUCGUUAAACCCAAUGUGUCAAUCAAUGGAAAAUUUCUAAAAUAUUUUGGAAGUGAGGAGAUAAAAAGUAUGUUGAAAUUGGAUCAUACAUAUAUCUUUGAUCUCCAAGAUUUUUGUUUCAACGAUAAUAAUUGGUUUGAAGAAGUGGCUAGGGAAAAGGAAUGGAACCAUGUGGAGGUUAGAUAUCAAAGUGUGUUAGACUAUGAAAAGCAAAAAAGAAAAGAAGGAGUGUUAGACUUAGAGAGCUCAUUCAUUAAAGGAAGUGGAAUCCAUAUAUUCAGAGAAGAAGGCAGUAUGGAGGAAGAUAUUCGAUUUGAUGAUCCAUAUCUCAGCAGCUCUGCAUCAGAAAGCUCCUCCUUCCUACAAACCAUAGCUUUGGGGACACGCAAGUUUUCCAUAGCUUUUUUCUUAUUUUUUUCAUGUUUUUUAUUUUAUUAUUUUGGUUUCAGUUGUCAAAAAUUCACUUAACCCAACUGCUGUACACCCUAUCUUCAUCAUGUACUUUUGCCAAACCAUAGCUUUGUUGGUUUUAAAUUUAUGAAUGGAAAUUAAAAACGUGGCAUUAAUAAGGAUAGGAAGUAGCCUAAGAAAUAAACAAGCCAAAGUCCAAGAGACACCACUAUCUAAAAAUAAAUGUUGAGGUGAAAAUGCUAAGAAACAGAGAAGGCAAAGUCAGAAAACUCUUCAAGAGUCUGUUGUCCUACCUUUGUAAGCCAUUUGCUGUAAGGUUCAAAAUCCCCAUACAAACUAUUGCUAGUUGCUCCUGCUGCAGUGGUUUCCAUUGCUGGAAACUAGUGACUGCUCUCUUGAACUAAAAGACUUUUGCACUGCUAAAAGUCGCGAUAAUGGAUUGAAGGAAUGAAAGAACUGUGAUUCAACAUUUUUAUACAAAUACAGCAGGACUCCAUGCAAAUGAGAUUUUGGUGAGAAUGUUUAAUGGGAUUUCCAUGGUUUAUUUUUCCUCUUAGUUUAGAUUGAUUCCUUUUUGCUUUGAAUAGGUUUUCUAGGGGUUUCCUAUUGCAAGGUGAAGGUCAGGUGCAUUCAACUUCCAAUGAAGAAAUAGUUUGAGGAGGAAGAAGAAAGACUUAGACUAGUUAAAUUUGUAACAGUGUUGCUUAGGUUUAAUCAUACUACUGUAUCGGCUGCUUACAGCACUUCAGAAAGUGGAAUUUGCUAUACUUUUUUAUGGCUGAAUGCCUACCUAGGAUGCUAAUUCACUCUGAGUUUGAGCAUAUCAGUAGAUUUGUGUUUGCUUGUAAAUAAAAAAUAGAUGUGUUUUGUUCUAUGCCUCUCUAGAAUCAAAUAUACUUCAAGUGAAUGUCUUAUUCAUUAUCAUCAUAAGGAUUGUCUUGGAUGAAAACAUAGCGGGUUAUUUUUAGAUUUUAUGAGAUGUGGAAUUCCAGUUUCUCUGACAA